AUGAAAUCCUUCCUUCGUUUGUGUCUCCUUGCCGUGUUUUUGGUUGCAUCCACUAGUGCCUUUGUGGGUCCCAUGGGCGGUGCUACCGGUGGAUCUUCGUUUGUCGUGUCCACCAAGGCUGCUCCUGCUGUUAGACCAGCGCAACGAACUCACAAGUCGAGUUUGGAAAUGGGAUCUCAGGCCAAGUUUGGUGUGUUCUCUCCCGCCGUCUACGGUGCCAAGAUUGUGCUUGGAAACGACAAGCUCAACAAGAUCCGUGGAAAAGCCAUUUCUCUUCACAGUCAAUACAUUGGUGACUUUUGCCAAUGGGUCGGAGCCUACCACUUGCGAACAAGGUUGGUCAAGAAAGCCAAGACCAAUGGAGAUACCUUGGGAUUCUUGGUGUAA